GUGUCACACUCCUUACUCGAUGCUAUACGAUAUCGGAGAGCCGCCGUCGUUGUCGCCGUCGCCAGGAAGCGGAGUCGGGAAAUGGGCAAAGAGGACACAGGAUUUGCCACACACUUUUCGAGGCGCGAUAAACGGGAAGGUUGAGUAAUAGGAUGGAGCUCUGCGUUCGUAGUGCACAAGUUUUGUAGGAAAAAAUUUUCUUCGCGCUUGAGAAGGAAGAAAAAACGUUAUUAAAAUUUGUUUUUUUUUUUCGGAAGUAAAACCUAUCUGAUAAGUAGUAAAAUAGUUCAAUCAUUGUGUUACGCAGUAAUUUCGGCAGAUUUGUUCUCUGUUCGCCAAAGGCAUAAGAAGUAGCAAAGUGAACCCGAACGCGGAGACGAGUGAAAAAAUUUUCGUAUAAAGUAAAAAUUUUUCGGGCGCGAGUGAACCAAAAAUCGAAUCAAACCAAAAACGCCGAGAAGUGGAGAAAAUUAGCAUAAUAUGCUUUGGGUAAAUCAUGGCGUGAGAGAUCUUAGCCGUUCCCAAGUAAAUGCAGUUUUGGCCUUGAAGUGUGACCUGUUCCAGAGUUCGGAUAUAUGAAAGCGUAUGGCUAUGCAAAAAAAAUUAUCAACAUACAACUAAUGUUUUCGCAAUUUAGCAACAUACUACAGCAGUGGCGAUUCGUUAGAAAAAAUCAACUAUUUGCCUGCUACUAUUGAAUGUUUUUAUAUAGUUUCGUUUGAAAUAGUGAAAAGUUGCUAAAGGACUUUACGGUUCUUUGGUCCGUCCUUGGAGUUACACAAAGUGGUCCACCUUUUUUGGAAACUAAAACAAUACCCACAAUAUUUGCUUUGCUAUAUGUAGGACUUUUUCCGACUGCAGCGGGUUUUCUUAGGCGUGAAGCAUUAAGUUUAAAAGGAAUAUCGUGCGGAUUAUCAGCAAGAGCGAAACAUGUAUAAAGGGAAAAAUAAACGAAAAAGGCAAACAUGAGUAACGUGCUUGAACAGAACAAUUAGAAUAAUUAAUUGAAGUGUACAUUGCAGUCGAAUUAAAACCAUUCGUAAUGUUUAAAAAAGAUAUUAUGCUAGAAUAAUUAAAUUUUCUUUCUGACAAGAAAAGGGUAGUUAAAGUCUCACCCCCCUGCUGGUGUGCAAUUUUGGUGUGAAAUUUUCGGUACGACACGCGCUGGUCAAGUGUGUUGGUGUUCGUGUGUGCAGCUGCGCUCCCCUGCUCGCUAGUGUUGGUGUUCACAAAAAAGCUCUUCGUGUACCACCCAAAACCGCACCGUUGGAUACCACCCUUGCUGCUAGUGCUGCCGUAGGAAAAGCGGCAGUUGCAGCAGUGCUCAUACGCGCCUACCAAGGGAGGUGCAAAAAUGUCAGUACUACUCUACCCGUUUCCACCGUAUUUGAUGGUGUAAUUUAUAUUUAAAUCGAAUAUUUUAUUGAUAUACAACCCUAAAAGAGCGCGAAAGGCAGUGAAAGCUUUGACCCAGCAAGUCGGGCAGUGAUUUUUUUUUCGCCCAUUCCACCCACCAGUGACAUCCAGCGGCCAGUGAUACCUAUUUUCAUUUGUUCCGAGAGUGUAGCAAACUGUGUAGCAAGUGCAAAAAGCGUGGAAUAUACACCCAUAAAACAAGAAGAUAAAUAAAUCAUAAAACUCGAGCCAAGAAGACAAAAUUUCAUAGCUGCGGCGAAAAACAGCAUAUCGAAUAUCCAUCUUGGGAAAACAACAGAAUGAUGGAUCAUCCAAGAAAACGACGUACAAGGCGUCGUUUAUUGACCGGGAUAAUGGCGUUUGUCUUUCUCGUAGCGAUUCAGCUGGCGGCUGGCGAUCCGGACGAGGAUAUCCCCCAUAACGAAGUCCGUAACUGGGCUAUACGUUUUGGAGUUGAUCUGUGGGAGUUUGGCCGCCAAUUCACCAAAGUCAACGAUAUUAAAAGUAAAUACAAGGAAUACGACGUCGACGUAAAUCGGAAGGACGGGAUUCUGCUGCUCCGAGAAUUGGCAGCUGAGGUGAAGAACUUUAUGGAUUUUAAAAUGAACGCCGUUAUGCGAAUAAUGGAUUCUGCAGAACAGGCGGCUCUUUCCGAGUCGGAUCCAGAGUCCGGUGCAUCCAAAAGUCACGGAGGAGCCUUCUACGACGCAAGGCGAAUCAACGAGUAUCAGUCGGACGGACGGCUAGCGGAAGGCUCCCGACAAAUGUUGCUCAGGCACAUGCGGCGCUUCGAGGGCUACCCGGUGAACAUUAGUCUUAGUUCGGUGCUGGUGCCCGGGGGAGUGGAGUUGGAAGAUGCUGAAGCAAGAGCGGCUAUAAAGUGGUCUUCACAUUUGGAUCCGCUGUUUGCGAAUAACAUCGAACGAGAUUCCGCUCUUUCGUGGCAGUAUUUUGGAUCAAGCACCGGGUUUUUGCGAAGGUUUCCAGGAACUGCUUGGCCACCGGAAACUUCCUACGGAAGCAAGGAUAUUAGCGACUUUCGAACUGAAGAUUGGUUCAUUCAGGCUGCAUCUUCACCGAAGGAUGUGAUUAUUCUACUCGAUUCUUCCGGUUCUAUGAGCGGCAAAGAAUAUCAGUUGGCGAUGGCAACGGCAGCUGCUAUAAUGGAUACGCUAGGAGAUGAUGAUUUCUUCAAUUUAAUAUCAUUUUCCGAUCAGGCAAAGGUGAUUGUGCCUUGCUUCCAAGACAAAAUGGUACGUGCAACCCCGGACAAUGUUAAAGAAGUGAAAACGGCUAUUCAAACGGUGGAGUGUGAAAAUACUGCAAAUUUUUCCGCCGCUUUGGAAAAUGCGUUCGAAUUGCUUCGAAGGUAUAAUCAAAGCUCCCAGGGUAGUCAAUGUAAUCAAGCAAUCAUGCUAAUUACCGACGGUCCAAGUGAUACGUUCUCGGAUAUCAUCAAGCAUUACAAUCACCCGCACAUGCCGGUCAGAAUUUUCACGUAUCUGAUUGGAACUGACAAGAGCAGUGGCCAAAAUCUGUAUCAAAUGGCCUGUGAUAACAAAGGAUUCUACGUUCAAAUAAAUAGUGUUGAGGAAGCUAAGCGCAAAGUGGUUGAAUAUGCUCUGGUGAUGGCUCGUCCAAUGGUUCUUUACCAAGCAGAUCAUCCGAUACAUUGGAGCCCGGUAUUCAUGGGAGGCCGCAGCGGUAUUCUGGGCCGCGAGAGUGAAAACCGCCGUAAACUGGUUACUACAGUCUCAACUCCGGUAUUCGACCGUCGUAAUCAUACUUCACGAGCGGCCAAUUUGUUGGGAGUGGUUGGUACUGAUGUUCCUAUCGAAGAGAUCCAAAAGAUGAUUCCGCAACAUAAACUCGGUGUCAACGGAUAUUCAUUCAUUGUGGACAACAAUGGACGCGUUUUAUAUCAUCCUGACCUUCGACCUCUGAGUGAUAAUGGUCAAUAUAGUGCCAGUUUGAAGCAUAAGUACAACUCGGUCGAUCUGACGGAGGUUGAGCUGCCGGAAAUAGAUAGCUCAAAUAAUGGGGUUAGUGAUCGACAUGACCAUAGAUAUACAAAUAUGCUUCAAGAACUUCGCAAUGAAAUGGUUCUCCAGAAGGAGGGAGAAAAUGAGCUGACCGUGUUAACUCAUAUGGACAGCAUGAAACGUGUAACUUUAAGGCCUCAAAAAUAUUUUUACGGGCCUAUAGAGGGAACUCCGUUUUCCCUGGGAAUCGCUUUACCAGAUAAUUAUGGUAUUCAUGAGCUUAAUGCUCAGCAGGAGAUUCGGCAUUCCCAUACCAAUGUUACCGAACACUUGCAGGGUAACAAUUGGAAAGUCCACCCAGACUGGGUGUAUUGUGAGUAUAACAGUCUAAAGGACGUUGAAAGCAAUGGCGAGAGUACGAUGGAAUCCACCUACCGGGAUAAGGACGAAAAUUUCGAUACUCCCGAAGAACAAGUGUUACACUUCUUGGCCCGUGUUGGAAGGCCCGGCUGGAAGUGGAUGUCGGUUCGUCCCCGAUCACCUCAGCCGCAUCAUGGACACGGUGGUAUUCCAGUUGGGCACUUUGCUCAGCAUCAUUUCAAUUCGCAGGGUUCACGAAAAGCAGAACCGUACUACUGCGAUCGUACUCUCGUUCAAAGCUUAGUUCGCGAUGCUAUAGUGACAGAUGGCCUGGAUCGAGCACCAACUCAUCCGGCUAGGAAGGAGGAUCGCAGUCCAAUAGCCACACUUAUGGCAUUGUUGCACAGACAAGGAUUUUCCAUGUUCGAAGUAAAAACAACGUUUGUUGCAACACGUUCUGGACUUUUGCGAUGGUUCGAUCAUAUUCCUCAUCCUGAAAAUGCACCCGAAGCGCAUUUCAGUGAGUCUAACUCUAGGUCAAUGGAUAUGAGCUGGUAUAAGAGAGCAGUUGAUCAUCAUUCAAUCGAACCGGAUGGAUUUGUGUUCAGCGUUCCUUUUGAUUCUGGGUACUCCGGAAGGAAUAGUUCAACCUUAGUGACGGCUACACAUGCUCUGUUCAUAGACCAUCGAGGCCAUAAGGCUCCCGCGGCCGUUGUGGGGCUUCAAUUCCAGCACGAGUCUUUGGCAAAACAUUUUAUCAAUAUUACUUCUGCUUGCACUGGAUCAACAUCCUGUAAGAAAACAUGCGCUUCAGAUGAAUUGGACUGCUAUCUUCUGGACGAUAAUGGUUUUGUUAUUCUGUCUGAGCGUAACGAGCACACCGGGAAGUUCUUCGGUCAAAUUGAUGGUACAAUUAUGGAUUCACUGGUGCAAGAUAGAAUCUACAGACGCAUCGCGUUGAUGGAUUAUCAGGGCAUCUGUUCCGACCGGGAUAAUCCGUAUACAGCAGCAGGUGAAGUCCCGAAACCUGUUCGGCCUAUGUCAUGGUUGCUGAAGUACAUCGUCACUUUUGCCACGUACUGGCUGUCGGUUCUACCAAUCCCGGUGUCCUCAUGGCAUCAGAGUAAUACUUACUAUGACACUGAGAAUGACUUCGAAGAGGAUGCUUACGAAUACGAAAGCAACUAUGAAAUGCCACCCGAGCAUACUGCACACGAUUUUACCACGCCGGAUUACGAACUACACUCAACAGCUGCUCCUCAAAGGUCCCUCACUACAUCCGGACCGCGUGUGAUACCGGAUCCAGCACAUGCACGGCCGUGUGACCUGAAGACCGAUCUAUACAUUCUGCAACCAGAUCGGUUAAACUCCAGCGGGCAGAACAAUCCGCUAAAAGGGAAGCUGACCAAUUGUCAUUCGUCUGGAUGUGAACGGCCAUUCAGCGUGCAAAAGAUUCCUCACAGUAACUUGAUCCUGCUGGUGGUGGAUGUGCUUUGCCCAUGCGGCUCGAAGCAGUUGGACAUCGAGCCGCAGGAAGUGCACGGUGGAGCGGUUCCCAUUCCAGGUGCUUGUGGCAUCCGCCGGAUGGCCAAAGAGAAAAUGCUGAGGAAGCGACCGAACCGCUGCAUCAGCUAUCAUCCGGAGGAGAUUGAAAUCAAGCAGUGCGGUAAGGCGACUGGUCUUUUCCGGGCAUCGAUCUACUCGACGAUAGCAAGCUUCAUCCUUAUAUGGAUCCUGACCAGUGCGUGAUAAAGUUUCUCCGGGAUAACGCUGCUCGGCAACUGAAUCGCUACUAAAUCACUCAACUGCUCUUCGCAUUCAACUAAUAAUAUAACGAUUGGACUAAGCCACAGGUGAUUCUAGAAAAUGUGUGAAUAGUUGUUUGCAGAAAGGUGAUUUUUUACACGGGACUAUUGAUUUAGAUAUUACAAGUCGCGAGUGGUGAAUGAUUUGUGAUUGUUUCCUGUAUUUGGAGAGGAGAUUCGCGGCAACAAUUUGAGUACUUCAGUAACUUCUUCGAGUAAUAGGGUGGAAUGUUAUAGAUGUAUACACUGUAAGUAUAAAAAAUAACACUACGAAUAAAUCAGAACAAAAAUUUACAACACCUACCAGACUACGGACAAGGAAAAACUAUUAGAACCCACACACUAAAUCGAUGCCACCAUAGAAUCAAACUUUGAGGAACUACAAUCGAAUCUGUUCGGUUGACGUCGAAACAUUAAAUUACACUCCCAUUCAUCGAUUGGUAGAAUAACAAGCAUAGGCCAAAUAAAUUCACACUACGAACGAAACUCGAUCUGCGAUCACCAGCAGAUGCGAAAUAAGGAUCCCAACCUAAAAAAAUUAAAAUGGACAAUACGAUGUUUAAACACUUAGCUAUAAAACACUGAAUCAAACUUGAAUUUUAAGCAAAUCGAGCAAAAAGAAAAAAUCAACUGUCUGUGGUACAUUUUUUCGAUUUAUUGAUCACAUUUUAAACAGGGGUAAACAGGGGAAGUCAAACUUUACUCGUAAACAAACAGAAAAAAAACUAAACCAAUAAUCUUAAUCUACAUACUCGUGGCAUAGAAAUUAUCAUAAAACAAAACAAAAACUGAAGAACGACAGUAUAUGACAAAAUCUCCCUUUUUCCGUUAACUAAUGAUAUUGUACAUUACUUACAUAUAGCAAGAGCGCAGAGUUUUAGCACUAUAGUUAUUUGAGCAGAAAUAAAACUAGUAAGAGAAAAAAUUGAAAACAAAUUGAUAGCAUAAUUUUGUUGGUAUAGCUACAAGUUUAUCAGUGCUUAGAAAUUUUAGAGACAAAUUAGUUGAUUUUCCGUUGGAACGAUCGUACCUUGACUGAAGAUGUGAUCUUCGUCCGUAAAUACUAGAAACCUUGAGAAUUAUUGUUUUUGUUUUUGACUAUAGACGAAGGCGUCCACAUAGAGCAUUCUUGUAAUACGUAUGCUCGAAUUAGUCUAUUAGAAGAACCUGAAUCUGGAAAUAAGCGAGCUUAAUUUAGGAAGUAUUCUCCUUUCAGUUUUCCUUCCUGUCUGUUCUUUAUUAAUGUUGCGAAGAACCCGAUACACCAAAGAUAGUCUAAAAUUUGUGCUCUUCCUAAUAUUAUGGCAGCAUUAUCAUUGGGCAAUAUGCUGCAAGCGUGACGAAACCGUCGGAGAUCUCUGUGGCUCUCGGUUUGGCAUCGUAUUUCCACCAUCAGCUCAUACUGAUUUUCAUUUACAAAAUUGAUGGGAUUCGAUUCACGGCUGUAAUAAGUUGUAUAUACUUUUCCACUAUCAAUCAAGCGCAAUCACUGGAAGUCGGUUCCAGUUCGAGUUGUUCCCUCGGUAUAGUAGUGCAAAUGUUCAGUGGAAAGCUUUAAGUUGUACCUGCACUAAGUAGUAACGAAUGUUUCCGUUGAUAAUUUCGCUACUUUGGUCGUUUAGAUCAAAUGAACGGUUAUGAAAACACCGUUGAGAUUCAAAUUUUGGCAUUUUGUGGUGAGUUCUGGUUGUUUUGUUAGAAAUUGAUGCUAUGGAAAGUAAAAAUUAUCGAUUUAUGAUCACGAAAAUGUGUUGGUUGACAUUUAUUAUUAGAAAAUUUGAAUAUUCUAGGUACUAUUAUAGUGAAUAAUUAUUUACAAAUUAUUCAAUUAUUUUGUUCUCUAACAAACAUUGGAUUGUUAUUUAUGCGAGAAAAACUUACCGAAAAUUUAAAAGGUCUAUAACAGUUAAGUUCUUUCUGUGUUAACAUUUCUAUUCCUUGGCAUCAAAUGUUUCUCAAAUCAGAGCUAACUACAUGUCAUUGUACAAAGUUAGAUUUAAACAUUAACAUCAGAAAAAUUAGUUUUUUAAAUAAGCAACAGAAACGGUUAGAAUUCAGAACUAAAUACAGAUGAAAAGACAGCGGACCUUUGAACGAACUGGACUUACACGGAAAAAUCGAUCGUACGAAUCUAUUGCGUCAAGGGUCAGGAAAAUAUAGGAUACAUAAUAUCAAAAUAACACGGAUACAAAACAUGAGCAGCAAUAAAACGGUAUGUAAAGAUUGUGCAACUAGCACUAAACUCAGAAGAAAAGAAGUCAGUUAUAACAGGAUAGUCCUUACCUCGGACCAGUCGAGCAAGGCUUCGGACCCUUAGUAACAAAACGACAAAGUGUGCCCGCGUAAAUACUUGCAAUGAGAACGGCUUUGAAAUUCUACAAUCCACGUAUAAAUAAACUUCUUGUCCGCUAACUUGCUCUUAAAGAGCUCGCAAACAGUUGGUUGAACUCUCUUUGCUUUGGUUUAGGUGCCCAUCGAGUGCACAUGUAUAAAUUGCUGUAUUCUGAAUACUAUUUUUUCACGUUUUGUCUGUCUGUAUUAUUACAAAAAUGCAUAUUUAUGAAAAAAAAAACGAGAUAAAACUUUUAUAUAACGUCUUCCAUGUAGUAUUAAUGAAACAAAAAAAAAUUAAAUUCUUUUGAUUAAGUACGAAUGCGAGUGGUUGGUAAAGAGCGAAAAGAGAAGGGGUGUUGUUUAUUUAAAAAAUUAUUACAUAGAAUCUAUGAACUCUAUAGUUAGAUUGUAAGGCAAAAGAAGUCGAACGAAUAAAUAUUUUAAAGUUGUAUCUAAGCCUUGACUUGAGGCUCAAAAACAGCUAGAGAACGGAAUGGACCCAAAAAGGUAUUGUUAAUUUCUAGUUAUGUAAAUGUCCUCUUACAAUGGCCGUAGCUACUUUAAUAAAGUGUAUAAAUCAGUCUAGUUCUUGUUAGUGGCAAAAUGUGCUACGUGUCUGCAGGCUAACUACAAUGUCCGGAUCGAAUAAAUCACCCGAGUUUGGAUAAUACUUUUAUUCCAAAUCUAGCAACACUCAACCAUGAAAAAAAAAUUCGCUGCUAUGAAAAAAAAUAUAAAUAUGUUAUAUAUUGAUAAAAUAUUAUAUCAAAAUGAAAGAAAAAACAAACCCCUAGAUAGUUCGAUAUCAUAAUUGCAUUUAGUGGAAGGGUAAAACUAAUAAAACUCUCAUAAAACUGAUCAAAUUUCUCAUGAAAACCGAACUUGUAAAUAUAAAUUCAAAACCACAGUAGCAACCAACAAAACAGAACGUCAAAGAAACCUAUCAACUACAAAUUCGUGUCACUUACAUUCAGGAUAAUGAUAACAAAAAACCAACUUCUAAAAACUGGAAAUGAACUACUUACGUAGUUUCCCAUUUCCAGUUUGACUCACAAUUAUCACAUUAUAGCUGGUAUAUUUUUGCAAUCAGAAAGUGGACGUUUAAUCAUCCGAAGGAUUGUCAUCGAUUUCAAACAUAACUUAUUAUUAAAUAGAACCAUACAAUAUGUGCAGUGUUUUGGGGAGUUAUUGUUUUGCCUCAGCGCACUCGGUCAUAUCUGGAAUAAAAUUUCAUAACGACGUCAGGGUGAAACUCGGAUUCUAAUUAAUAGGAAACUUAGAGGCGUUCAAAAAUGUCCCAAUUUCCGUACGACACGUACGUCGUUAUCAAAGAUCAGCUAUUCAGCAGUAUAUAAAUUUAUGAAACGGUUGUGCGCUCUUGACAAUGCGGCUUAAUAAUCAAGUGUGAAAAUCAUAUUUUAUUUUCAAAUCCUAUGUUUAGUACCCAAUACCCAAUGUUUUAAAAUGAAUCAAAUGUUUGAUGUUAGCACACAUUUAAGUGUUUUGUUCCGGAACUUAGAACGCACAAUUAGUGAUGUUAAAUAUCCCACACAAUAUUCAACAACCAACCACCAAUCAUCAUUCCAUCAGCAAGAAAAAAACAAUUCUCCCACCAAAUCUUAAAACUUAAUUCAAGCAUCAUUAACGAUGAAGCUGUGCUCCAAAGAAAACCCACCAGCCCAAAAAAGCAAACAUAUCGGAAGUUAAGAUACUAAACGUGGGUUCAAUUCUUAUCUUUCUGUCGUAUAUUCCGAAAUUUCACCUUAAAUAGAGUUAACGCUACAGCUGGUCAUUGUAAAAAGAAAACACAUAAUCAACAACACAGCAAAUGUUUCUGUUCGAUAGCGUUUCCCUACCAUUUGCUUCUUGAAUCAUAUCUGCAUAUCCAUUCUUUCAUACAAAAUCAAAUCAUUUCUCCAGCAUUAUAUUACUGCAUACGAUUACUGCAUACGAUCAUCUUAUACAAGACUCUUUGCACAGAAAAUAAACUAACCCCGAUUCACUAGAGAGAAAAAAAGAUAAAAACACACUUUUAUUCUCGUUGUGUAUCAUACUGUUGAAACCUUUAAUUGACAAUUUCAAAACAUUCGAAAUAUCGAAAAAGCCACUAAGGUCGAUACUAUUGUCAUCUGGUUCGAAAGCAUUCCAGGAAAUAGUUCCAUGCGCUGUACGACGAAAUUAAAGCAGAGAAAGAAGCGACGCAAAAGUAAAUCCGCCUAGAGCUAAGAGUAAGGUCAUCUUAACUAAUGAAUAUAUAAUUAAGAGAGAUAAGUGUAAUAUAAGGUUAUUAUUAAUACAUGAAACAAAGCACUAACGACAACCUAAGAAAAAUGGCAAGUUCAGAAAAUGCGGCCGAACGUAGAAUCGGUAGAUAAGACAGCAGACGUCAUGGUGGAGGCAACUGAUAUUGUAAUUAUUGGAAUGAAAAUAAAGUCCUGAUUGAGUUGCAA